AUGCGCUUCGAUAAUCCACGGGUAUGCAUAAGCAUCCUGCAUCCGCCUGGCCAGGAUAAGCUGAGUGGAGAAUCUGCCGCAGAACGUUGGAACCCUGUUCAUGGCGUCCGCAGUAUUCUACUUUCCGUGAUAUCGAUGCUGAAUGAGCCUAACAUUUCUUCACCGGCAAAUGUGGAUGCUUCUGUGAGCUACCGCAAUUAUAAGGAGAAUGGUAACAAAGAGUUUCCAGAUAUAAUCAAGAAAAUGGUUGAAAAGUCGAAGGCGGAGGCUGCUAAGGACGGAGUGAAGGUAAAGGAGGAGUACGUAAUCAGAGCUAGAGUAAGGCGUCAGCAAGCGGAGAACGAAGGCGGCACUGAUAAUGGCGAUGUUGGCCUAGAGGGUAAUUAUUAAUAACUGGAAUACUUUUAAAAAGUUCGCAUAUUUAGAAGAGUGCUAUAAUGCUUGAUUCUGUUGAUGUACUAUGUGUAGGAAUUGAUCCCUAUCUUUAGAUGUGAUUAGGUAAUUAUGCAUGUACAUAAAUUAGAAUGUAUAUUCCUUUAUUGUAUUGUUAAACUUAUCUCGAGUAUAAAAUUGUGCUUUACAUUCUCAAAUAUAUUUAUACUCCUGUAGUAUAUUCAAUUCUCUUUUAUGGCUACCAAACGAGAUUUUAUUAUUUAACUUUCUUCCAAAAGAUUUAGCGUUUGCAAAAUUUCACCUCUUCCCAUCAUUCAAAAAAGCGUUGACCAAGAACAAUCAAAAAAUUCAGGGGCGGUAUUACCCCAAUCCGAAAUCCCACACACGUUUUUCUAGACCCAGCUCAUCCCUGUUCUUCACUAGUAACAUAAUC